AAAUAAUUUAGACACUCACUUGCACUUGCAACACUGCCAACAGCCCAAACAAAGUUUUUGAGAAUGAGCAUUGCAAUGGAAGAGUUGGCGACGCCAGGACAAGAGUUGGGUAAAGCAUCAGAGUUGAAAGCCGGAAAGGGUGCUUACGUUUCAACAGAGAACGGCACCACUUACGCCUCUCUCACCGGAUUCCUUUCUCUUAUACGUCCACCUUCCGAUUCUGUUGACCAGAGAUCAACAGUCGAAGUUACCGGUCAUAAAGCCCAUGGAGCAGUUCCUCAGCCUGGUUCCAUUGUUUUUGCUAGAGUUACUAAGGUGAUGGCUAGAACGGCUACAGCAGACGUAGUAUGUGUUGAUUCCAAAUCUGUGCGUGAGAAAUUUACGGGCAUUAUUAGGCAUCAAGAUGUCAGAGCAACUGAGAUUGACAAAGUUGACAUGCAUUUGUCCUUCCGCCCAGGUGAUAUUGUUCGUGCAUUGGUGCUAUCACUUGGAGAUGCACGCGCUUAUUAUCUGUCAACUGCUAAAAAUGAGCUGGGUGUUGUAUCUGCUGAAAGUGUGUCUGGUGGUACCAUGGUUCCAAUUAGUUGGACAGAAAUGCAGUGCCCUCUAACUGGUCAAGUAGAACCGAGAAAGGUGGCCAAAGUUGAAGCUUGAGUAAAUGAAAUCACAUUGUGUUGCGAUUUACUGCAGCCACUAAUUUCAGUUAAACUGGAAUACUGGUUUCCCCAAAGAAUGCGUCACAUCUUUAACCCCCAUAGCUUCCCUAUUUGGCACUUGUAUUAUGAUUAGUUUUUGAUAGAUUUGCUACUUCCAUCUUUUCGUAGGUUAGCUUUACAUUUUGUUAGUUUUGGAUACGAUAGUUUAGGUGAAGCUCAAUGAAGUAAUGUUUAUUUUGUGUUGGUCACUUUCAUUAGACCAUUUCUCUGUCUGUUACAUUUUCUUUCAGAGGUUACUACUUUGUGGUUGAUGAAGUUAUAAGGUAAUGCGUUAAUCUC